CUGAUCUAUCAACAUCACUUAAGAAUAAUAUUUGAGGCUCUAACAGUCAUUGUCUUUUACAUCUAUAUAAACCACUAUAUCAUUUGUUUGCAUUUUAUGUAUCUGUAGCUUCCCUAGGCUAUAAAAGGCUAUUAUUCAGUUAUAUCAAAGGCUAUUAUACAAUAGCCUUCCUUAUUGUGUAAGACAUGCUUUUUCUUUUUUUAACCCAAGGCCAUUGAAAUAUCUAUCAUUAUAUCAGUUCCACCCAGUUGUUAAAAAAAUACAUCCAACUUUUAUCCAUUGUUAAUUAUAAAUCAAAAACAAAUUUGUAUACACAGCAAACACAGAAUGGUCCCCUGUGUUUGGUUCUCUCGCUAGAGGUCUGCAACCCGACCCGGACCGACAGGACCUGAGAACCCGACGGGUUUCGGGCCGGGUUCGGGUCAGUUUUUUUCAGGUAGGACUUCGGGUUCGGGUGGGGUUCGGGUUUGUAAUUAAUGAAAAAAUAAACAGGCUUACCGAAUUUGUUUCGUGCACACGCUCUACUCACAGGACGAGCCAAUCGAUUUGCUCUGAUGAAAAUCGAUAGCGAUGUUAAAACAGUUCACACCGAAAGUAUUUUUGCGCGCAUCUGUUCUGUUUUCCCAUUGUUUAAACACUUGCUGGACAAAUGUCUUUGACAUUUGCACUGCGUCUCGCUUUUUCUUCAGCGUCUCGCGCAGGACCGGCACUUUUUAAACACCAUGUCAAGUUAAAAAGACUUCAAAUUGUCAAAAACGCAGGUUGAGACACCUGCGCUCUGUUUCGUUCGUUGUGCUGCGUCUAGAUUGUUUUUAGCGCAGGUGUCACAAAGAUUCAACAUUCUAAAUAAGUUCAGGCUGCAUAAAGUGGACUGUUGCAUUGUUUCAUAUUAUUCCAGAUUGUUCUGCACCAGGUGAAAUUUCAGCACAUAAACUGUAAGGCAAUGCUUUUUCCCCUUCUGCUCUAGUGUACUGAGGGGCUGUUGUGCCCUGUUAUGUGCCAUUUUAAGGCCUGUGCAGACCUCUAACCCCCAUCCCCCUUUUAGCAGUUUUAUUUAUUUAUUUUUUUAAACCAUAAACUACCAUUCCCAGAAUGUUCUUUGCUAGCUGGGUAUAUAAAAUUGUUAGCUGGGUAUAUACAAUGAAAAACAAGAAAAGAAAAUUGUUACCCCAUGUGUUUGUGUGUGUGUGUUUUACAGAAUUAUCUUUAUUACAGAAAUAACAGAGGUAAUUUAUUUUAAACUUAAACGUUCUAGUACAUGUUUUACGAGAAACAUUACACACACUAUUGCACAUGACGCAUGCUGGGAAAUGUAGUUUAUCUUCACAGCGCUGCUCAAGGGGCGUGUACGUGGAACGUAGUACCCGGAUGCGGAUUUUGACGUCACAUAUGACCAAGCGUCGGCUCUCGGCUGAAUCUGUUUAGAGACUGGCCACUUCUACACCAAGGAGCUCGCGCCCAACGGUCAACGGAUGUAGAAAGGAAGUCCCGUCUUACAGGAUAAUGGAAAUGGGACCUGUGUACAUUCUGGGAAAUAUCUGAGCUGCUUUUCCAAAUCAAAUCGAGUGGGAUUCAUACGUGAGAUUACAGAGACACUGUUCACCUGAAAAGCAGCUCAGAAAUGCACCAGAGCUGCAUCCAUCCAAGUGAGACAUUUAGAUGAGAACAUGAACUGUGAAGUUACUGAGCUGGAAGAGUCAAUGUAUUUAAAACUGUGAGUGUUCCAGAAUCUACACCCUUUUUUUUUUUGCCAAUAUAUUUAGUAAUAAUGGACCAGAAGUGGAUGAGCAAUCACCAUAUACACAUCUAAGGCAGCAAGGACUGUAGUGAGACACAUGCUCAGGGUGUCUCUGUGUAUUUUGGGGUGUUGUCUUCAUCAUUGUGAUGGUUGGGAGCAGUCCAUUGUGACACCUCGGGAUUAGAGCCAUGUGGGGAUUGUGGAUGCUUCCUUCUGCAACAAUGUUGCAUAGUUUUUUGCUGCUGCUUCUCAUAGGAACCUUCAUCAGGCUGUCUGAGCCCAUGACCAGAGAGGAGAAGAACAAACUGAGGAACCAAGUUCUGGAAAUGUUUGACCACGCUUAUCACAAUUAUAUGGACCAUGCUUACCCUGCAGAUGAGCUAAUGCCUUUAACUUGCCGUGGCCGAGUACGUGGACUAGAGCCCAGUCGAGGGGAUAUAGAUGAUGCCCUGGGCAAGUUCUCCCUCACACUUAUUGAUACUCUUGACACUCUUGCGCUGUUAAAUAAGACAGCAGAGUUUGAAGAGGCGGUGAGGAGAGUUGUGACGGAUGUACGGUUGGAUAAUGACAUUGUGGUGUCUGUCUUUGAGACCAAUAUCCGUGUGCUGGGUGGCCUGCUAGGCGGCCACUCCAUGGCCGUCAUGUUGAAAGACAGUGGCCAAAUGCUCUGGUACCAGGAUGAGCUGCUGCACAUGGCCAGAGAUCUUGGGCUUAGACUGCUACCUGCUUUUAACACAAGCAGUGGCCUGCCUUACCCUAGAGUGAACUUGCGUCAUGGUGUCCGUGGACCAGAGACUCGUACAGGCACUGAGACAGAAACCUGCACUGCCUGUGCUGGUACAAUUAUCCUGGAGUUUGCUGCUUUGAGCCGCUUUACUGGGGACCCCACAUUUGAGGCUCAUGCGAGAAGAGCUCUGGACUUCCUUUGGGAAAAGAGACAGAGGAACAGUAAUCUAGUUGGAACAACCAUCAACAUCCACUCCGGAGAGUGGGUACGCAGGGACAGCGGUGUUGGCGCAGGCAUAGACUCCUAUUAUGAGUACUUGAUGAAGGCGUAUAUAUUACUGGGAGAUGACCAAUUUUUGCAGCGCUUUAACACUCACUAUGCAUCCAUAAUGAAGUACAUCAGCCAGCCUCCUUUGCUACUGGACGUUCACAUCCAUAAACCCCUGCUGCCAGCACGCUCCUGGAUGGACUCCUUGCUUGCUUUUUUCCCUGGACUGCAGGUGUUGAAGGGGGAUAUCCGCCCUGCCAUUGAGACACAUGAAAUGCUUUAUCAGGUCACCAAGAAACACAACUUCCUCCCUGAGGCAUUCACCACUGAUUUCAGGGUUCACUGGGCUCAGCACCCCCUUCGACCAGAGUUUGCAGAAAGCACCUACUUUCUCUAUAAGGCCACCAAAGAUCCAUAUUACCUGGAGGUGGGGCGCACCAUACUGGAGAACCUGAAUCGCUUUGCUCGAGUUCCUUGUGGAUUUGCUGCUAUGAAGGAUGUGAGGACUGGGAGUCACGAGGACCGCAUGGACUCGUUUUUCCUGGCAGAGAUGUUUAAGUACCUAUUCCUGCUGUUUGCUGAAGAGGAGGAUUUGCCUUUUAAUGUGGAGGACUAUGUCUUUACCACAGAAGCUCAUCUGCUCCCUCUUUCCCUCUCCACUGCCUCAAACUCACCACUGUCCCUUGUGAUCAACAAUAUGGCUGGAGAAGAGCUUGAUGACGCAAAUUUCGAGUGGACUUGCCCUAACACCCGCCUUCUCUUUCCUGACCCCGCCUUCCCACGCAAUCUUCGUGAACCAAUCAGGAGUGCAGUGGACAAGAGCUGUCCACGCCCAGCUGCCAUUCGAGAGCCUGGUAUGGGCCAUCCUCCUUUGAGGGCUCAGGACUUCAUGGCCAAUAAUCCUGAACACCUGGAACUACUGAGGCGAAUGGGUGUGAGUCUCAUCCACCUGAAGGACGGUAGAGUGCAACUUGUCCAGCAUGCCACUCAGGCAGUGAGUGACGUUGCUGCAGAGGACGGUAUGCGUUUUAUGCAGGAGAUGAUGGAGCUCUCCAGCCAGCAGCAGAAAGAGCAGCUUCCUCCACGUGCUGUUCAGAUUGUGUCACACCCCUUUUUUGGUAGAGUUGUACUGACCGCAGGCCCUGCUCAGUUUGGAUUGGAUCUUUCCAAGAGCAGUUCUGGAGUGCGUGGGUUUGUAACUGUAGCAGAGCCCUACAAUGGCUGUUCUGAGUUGAGUAAUGCCGAGAUUGUGGCUGGCCGCAUUGCUCUGCUGCAGAGAGGCCAGUGUAUGUUUGCAGAAAAGGCCAGGCACAUUCAGAAAGCCGGGGCCAUCGGAGGCAUCGUCAUUGAUGAUAAUGAGGGCAGCAGCAGUGACACGGUUCCAUUGUUCCAAAUGGCAGGAGACGGGCGGAACAAUGAAGAAGUCAUUUUACCGCUCCUCUUCCUGUUUCACAAAGAGGGCAACAUCCUGUUGGAGGCUCUUAAGGAAUACAGGGAGGUGGAGGUGCUGCUAAGUGAUAAAGCACGAGACAGAGAUGCCAUAUUUAAGGGGAAAGCCCUCCCGGGUGCCCUGUUGGAUGGCAGUACAGAUGGAGCAGAGGAAGAGGACUGCUCCACAGAGGAGAAGGACAACAGUUCUCCCGCCUCCUCUGAACCUCUCAACCAAUCAAAAGUCACUACUCAGGAACAAGUAGCAGAAGACUCAGUUGCGGGGCAGGAGUCGGUUCAGCCAGCGGAGGGACUUGGCAGUUACGUCCCUGUGGAUGUAGGGGAGGAGCCUGCAGGGGAUAGAGACUCAAAUAGCCAAUCGGGGGACUCACUGAUGGCUGAAUGGCAGGAGGACUUGGAAGCUUUUAAGCAGAUGGAGAAGGAUGAGCUUUGAUAUUACCCUCCAUCUCUGACUCCGCUAGUUUGUCCUAGCCAUUUCACAGACUGAGGAAUCAGUUCUGUCAUAUGUGGAAAAUAUAUCAGACAGGCGCGAUUGAAGAACGCUGGCUCAAAGAGCUCAUUUUCUACAGCCAGUUCUCAGGGGCUUCACAUAUUUCCAAACUGUUGCCUUCAGCUGAAGGCUGAAGAACUGUGUUUAAGAUCUCACCCACACACACACACACACACACACACACACACACACACACACUCUCUCUCUCUCUCUCUCUCUCUCUCUCUCUCUCUCUCUCUCUCUCUCUCUCUCUCUCUCUCUCUCUCUCUCUCUCUCUGCAUAAGGUACACAGUCCCUCCUGUCCCAUUUUUGUCUUCCUUCUCCCAGAU